AUGGGGAGCGACGGCAGGGUUUACGUGGCCAAAGACAACACCUGUCCCUACUACGACCUACAGCGUUUCGUGGAGUCGAGCAAGCCGACGUCCCCCGAGGGCCUGUGCUACCUCAGCGAUCAUUACAGGGACUUGCUAAGCUGCCCGGCGCAGGCGGGCGCGACCCCCAACAAACACUGCCGGGACUACCGGUUGGCGUGCCCUGCAUUUGCGUGCGGCUCCGGACACACGCUGGAUCCGGUCGCAGUGCAGUGCGUGUGCAGCUCCGCGUCCUGCAUGGAACGGAGUGCCGUCGGGGGCCAGGGAGCGAGCGAGAAGAGAGUGAGCGCAGGUGCGACCGCCGGCAUUGCGAUUGCCUGCUUUGCCGUUGGCGCGAUCCUCGUUGCCUGCGUGGCCGUGGUGGUGGCCGUGUCGCGCAGGAAUGUAUCGAACGUAUUGGUGGAGGAGCUUUAG